UUUAAACCCUAUCCACCAGAUGCACUGCUCGAGCAGCUGCAAGCCCUCUAGCCGUACGCCAUGGCGCACGCCGCCGCCGCAGCCGCCGUGCCGCUGCGCCGCCCGCUCCUCCUCUUCCUCCGGCCCGCCCGCCUCCUCUCCUUCGUCGCGCCCCGCUCGUCGUCCGUCCGCGCCUACACGCGCGCCCUCCGCCCCCUCGCCCCCCUCCCCUCCGACGACGAGGACCCGGACGACGGGGACGGCGCGCCCAGCCGCAACGAGAAGAAGCGGGAGGCCCGCCGCGCCGUGAAGUGGGGCAUGGAGCUCGCCAAGUUCUCCCCUCCCCAGAUCAAGCGCAUCGUCAGGGCCGCGUCGCUGGAGCGCGAGGUGGUGGACGCUCUCAUGCUGGUGAAGAAAUUCGGGCCCGAUGUGCGCGAAGGAAGGAGAAGGCAGUACAAUUACAUCGGAAGCCUACUUCGCGGUGCACAGCCUGAAUUGAUGGAAGAUCUUAUCCAUUCUUUGAAGAAUGGAGAUGAAAGCAGGAUACAAGCCUUAUUGAGUGAAGUGGCAGACAAAUCAAUGCCGAUUGAAGAUGAGGAAGUGGGAGAGUUACCUCAUGAAGAAGAGGAUGAGGGAAAUCAAGAGUAUAUGGAAAUUGCAGAUAGAUGGUUUGAGGGCCUCGUCUGCCAAGACAUUCCAGUUACCAACGAAGUUUAUGCGAUUCAUAAUGUUGAAUUUGAUCGUCAGGAACUACGGAAACUUGUGAGAAUAGUCCAAGAGGUCCAAAAAAGCAUGGGAAAUAAAGAUAGCGGAGAAGGAUCUGAUAGAAAGCUUUCCAGGGCGAAGAAACCACUUAUCAUGUUCCUUCGCUCACUUGCAAAGAAGACACUUGAAUAGGGCAGGACGUUGAGGCGCAGAAAAGGAGGGAGACAAAUAGUUUUAGCAAUUUUUACUUUCAAAGUGCUAAAGACAUGUUAAUGCUUGACCCUCAUGGUAAAAUUCUUAGUGACAGCCUUAUACAGCGAUCUGUUGUUAAGUAUGGAUUUUGAGCUAUAGUUUACAGGAAGCGGUGCUUUGUAGUGCCAGGUAGCUAAUUUCCUAUGAACAUUUAACUUUUGCUGA